UGUGCACUUGCAGCGUUUUCAUUGGUCCAUUCUUGAUUGCUCUUAAUUGAUCGCCUUCAUGUUCAGAUGACGCCUCUGAGCACGCGGGAGCAAAUAGCGUCAACAAUCCAGCGAUGUCUUGCGAACAGAAAAACACAACUUGGUUGUUAGUGGCGAUAACUUUUUACUUUAUAGCGUUUGGAGUAACUUAUUCGGUAAGUUUAGGACAGCAGGGGGAGGAUUUAAGGACUCACUCCGACGCCCAGCAGCGGGGAUGGCGUCUGGUGGGGCAGGCCAACAAGAGUCCACGUCUGCGUGAACCCGUCCAGACAGGUAUCGACGAGCUUCGGCGUCAAUCUGCUGGCUUCCCUGAAGGGCCAGUCCCGUGUUUCAGCGUAAGUACACCGGAUGAAACUGACAGGAACGUCGCUCUUAAUGGCUCUUCCUGGACACUUGGUCACACCAACCCACGACCAAAGUCUUCAUCCUCGAGCUCUGGAGAUGGAGAUGGAGAUGGAUAUCAAGCGGAUUCUAUAGAUUUUGAAGGGGUCCAAGGGGAGAUUUUGGGCCCAUCACUUGACUCCAAUCCAGAGUGGCAGGCCAUGAGGCCGUUGUUGUACUGUGAUAAUAAUGGCAUGACCUUCACAGCAUCUGGAGAAGGACUAACACACCUGUUAGUUUCCAGCGGGGCCACUCCCAUCUCCCCCUUCCAUUUACCUCCAUGCUGUGGUUACUCAGUGAGGACAACAUGGAGUUACCUUGAGUUGACGGUGCCUUAUGGUGCAUGUUACGUCACAGAGGAGGAUGGCGAUUAUGUGUUGCCCCUGCUGUGGCGGGGCCUCCCACUGACGCUCUCCUGCCCGAUGCCGUUAUCCACUCCCGCCCCGACACCUUCUCAUUCUGGACCCGCCCUCUUCUGCUCCCAGUACGGCAUGGCAGUGCAGAUACCUUGGCAGGAGCAGGAAAUGCCCAUGAUGGAAGUAGCAGUGAAUGGAUUCUGGGGUCCAUUUGUAUCUGAAAAGUGUGCGUACCGUGUGCGCUCCUGUUCUGGAGCGCUUAACUUCUUCAUCUCCUACAGUGCUCCUUGUUUCACCAGUAUGGAUGGUUUCCACCUCCACCUAAUAUUAAACUGUCGGGGAUACAUCCUCUCUUGUCCAUCUCCUCUUCCGUCUCCUAGGAAUCUUCAGUUUCCUCAGACUCCACCACCAACGACGACUGAAAAGCCUUCUACUACCAGCUCUGUUCCUACUACAUAUCCUCCCACCACAAUUUCCGAAAAAUGGACCCCACCUAGGCCCACACCACAGACCCCCGAUCUUCGGUGUCUGAAGGACAGGAUGGUUGUUUUCCUGCGUUUUGCUCAACCAGAAUCUAUCCAGGUUAGAGCCCAGGGGAAGUCAUGGCUGUUCCUCUCCAAGGUGCCUUCACAGUGUGGCUUCAUGCUGCACGUGGCUAAAGACUCUGGGGUAUUCCUUCAAUCUCCUCUGCCUGCCUGCUACAGCCACCAGACGACUCCCACGACCAUGUCCUUAAACCUGAAGUUCUGGGACCAUUCUUUGGUUCAGUAUAAGACCGUUGACCUGCAAUGCCAAUAUGAAACUGUUCCUGGAACUCCUGCACCAUCACCGUCCCCUACCACUACCCUACCCGAGACCACCAAGAGCAAGCCCGAUGUCCCAAAGCCUGAAGUUGUCUGUCACUCCGAUCAGAUGACUGUUGAGCUCCCCUCUGGUCCCAUCUCUGAAAUUAUUGUAAAGGACAUCGAAGGGAACCAGGUGAACCUCCAAGAUGCCCCAAAGCACUGUGGGUAUUCUGCAAAAAAAGGCGACGAUGGCAAAAUCAGUUUGAGUCUCCAGUUGCACUCACGCUGCCACAUGAGUGUGCAGGCAAGUAUUGACUCAGAUUUCACACUGAGCCUGUGA